AUGGAUGUCAAAACGUUGACAGCCAUGCGCGCGUACAUGAAUCCAGAGCUCGACGCGCUGAUCUUCAAAGAGGCAGCGCUGCCCCUCGAGGGCGAACGGCCGUACCGCAGCGUCGAGGAUAAACUUUCCAGCGCUUUUGUUCCGGCCACACUGACGGCUUUCACCUCGCGGCUUCGCAUACCCGUGGGUGACAAGGACGGAAAUUUCCCCAGUUGUGUUGGCCAUGUCGACGUUUAUUGUGUCGACGAAGGCAAUGUGGAUGCCGACAACAAUGAAUCUGGCAAGACUGCGUCGACUGGCGACAACAGCGACAGCGACAACCAAACCACAACCAUCGACGACGUGAUCGGCCCCGUUGUCAACAGCGACGAAGAGAGUGCCGUCACGGACUCGGACGACGACGAAAUGAAGGACCAGAAGCCGGACGACUCCUCGUGCGCGAUUGCUAACUCUGACGAGGACUGGGAGGACGAAACCGGCAUGUCCUACAACGCCGACGGUACUGCUAUUAUCAAGACUGCUGUCGCCGUCCGCCGCGGCCAGGUGCAGAUUCCGAGCAAGUACCAGCGCUACAUUCGCUCAAAAAAGCUGGCCGCCGAGAUGGACGCCUCGCGGCUCUACGAUUCCAAGGGUCGUUUGAUCAUUGUUGGCAUCCCUGUGAAGCAUGCCCGCAAUCCCGAUGGCUCUCUCGUCUCGAACCUCAGUGUUCAGCUUCGCCGCCACGCCCAAGAGACGGCUGCCGCUGAUGCUGAUUCUCGCAACAACAGCCUCGCUGGCAGUGCCUCGAGCAGCCGUCGGAGCAGCCAGGCUGCGCUUGCCGCUCCUCGCGGCUCGCCCUUUGGCAUGGGAAGCGAGGGUGGCCUCCCGAAUCCUCUGCGUUGCCACCCAGGCCCGGUGACCCCUCCUCUGACGCCCCCCUUCAUCGGUGCUCAAUCGCCUCAUGAGCCGCCUCCGGUUCCUCCCUCGACGCCCCAUUCGCUGCUGGCCACGCGGUACAUGUCUUCCACAUCACGGUGCAACGCCCUAACGCCUCCCAUGUCACCAUCGACGGCAAUGGUCUCGAUGGCAACAGCAGUGGCUACGGUCCUGUCCAGCACCUCAGCCUCCUCGUCCAUCAACACGGUGUCUGGGGCUGACUCCUCGUCUGGCUCGGCGCCCAUUAGCGCUCCCGGUACCGCUCCCAGCACAUCACCCGAGACGUCGUCGGCGACAACGACACAUGGCGGCGCUAUUGCUCGCAUCAUGGGGCCUGCGGGCUCCUUCCAGCCGUUUGGCAACAGCAGCAGCCUUCAAGCUAUUAUCAAUGCCACUGGCAUCAUGACCAUCCCCGGCAAACACGGCAUCACUAUGCGUCCCGCCCUUGUCCGAUCGGCUAGCAGCCAUUUGUUGGGCGCCGAACUUAGCUCGUCCCUGCACGGCCACAUUCUGGAGGAGAACAACUCCCGCCACCGCUUCAACCACUAUGGUCCCCCUCGCCGCCGCCUCACCGGAAGCACACAGGCUGGACCGUCGACGGGCGUACCCCUGACAGUCAUCGCAAAGGACGAAGACGUCUGUGUGACAGCGCUCUCGCCCCCGCCGAUCCAUCGAACACGCUCUGCACCUAGUGUCACGCAGAGAACCUUCCACAUGCACAGCCUUGACGACGUCUACGUUGGUAAGGGCAAAGGAAAGGCGCGGGAGCACAACGGGUUCCGCGACCAGCCGUCUCUUCCCGAGGUCGACCUCGCAGCGGAGCUGGCCAAAGACGAGUGCUACAACUUUGCCCACGGUUACCAUGCCAAGGGGUGGUAG